AUGCAGUCAAGCACCCGAGGCAGCAAUGUCCUGCAGCCAAAGCUCGAUGCAACAAGAACGGUCAACACUGGGCAGAAGAAAAAGCCGUGGAAAGUCAAUGUCGUCGUAGGCGGUCACAACGUCGAGUUCCGCCUAGACACAGGAGCGGACGUUACCGUGAUUCCAACAGGUUUACUGGCGAAGCUGGACAAGGGGAUAACACUCCAGAAACCCGACAUGCUCCUUCUUGGGCCAGCGAAGCAACGGCUGGACAUCGUGGGGGUGAUGCAAGCAACAGUAGUAUACAAUGGGAAAAGUACCGUGGCGAGCCUCUACGUCACAAAGGACCUGGACGAGCCUCUUCUGGGCUUGGACCUCAUCGAACGCUUCGGUAUCCUGUGCCGAGUCUCGGCCACGGACCCGGACUGCGGCGUGAACGCCAUGGUGAACUUCACGCUGGGCGGCGGGCCGAGCAGCCAGUUCCUGCAGCACUUUUCCGUGCAUCCGACCAGCGGGGAACUGUGCCUCUCGUCGCCGCUGGACCACGAGGAGAGGAACUCCUUCGAGAUUCCCAUCUCCGCGACCGACAGGGGAGGCCUGAGCACGAUGGCCAUGGUGAAGGUGUAUGUGGUGGACGUGAACGACAACCGGCCCGUGUUCUACCCUCGCGAGUACAACGUGAGCCUGCGGGAGUACGACACGGUGUCCACGCCCGUCGUUGUCGUGGUGGCCAGUGACAUGGACUCGGGCGUCUUCGGCCACGUCAAGUACCGCAUCGUCAGCGGCAACGCUAGGGGACUCUUCAGGGUGGAUUCUGGCACCGGCGAGCUCUUCGUGGUUGGUCGCCUGACCAAAGACACACCGCUGCAUCACCUGACCAUCGCGGCCGAGGACGGCGGUGGCCUGACAUCGCAGAGCAACGCGCACGUCUACAUCAGCGUGCUGGGUCCUCAGCAGCAGCCGCCCAUCUUCCAGCAAGCCCGGUACGGCUUCCAGGUCAGGGAAGACGCCACGGCACGGACCGUCAUCGGCACCGUCGUCGCCAAGAGCAGCGACCGAGGAGCCAACGGUCUACGGUACUCCAUCUACUCUGGAGAUCCCGAAGGGUACUUCUCCAUCCACGCCCUCAUGGGAAGCAUCACGGUGCAGCGACCACUGGACCACGAGCUCCAUCCUUUUCUGCUGCUCAACGUUCAGGCGACCAGUGGCCAUCCGCCAUCCUACGGACACACACAAGUGAACGUCACCAUCUGGGACGUGAACGACAAUGCGCCGUCGUUUGAGAGCCCGUCCCUCAAGAUCAGCAUCCCGGAGAAUGUAGAGGUGGACACGCCGACGUACGUGGCGCACGCGCGGGACGCCGACGGCGGCCGCAACGGCGCCGUGCGCUACGCCCUGGCCGAGAACCCAGACGGCGCCUUCCACGUGGGCGCAAAAAGUGGUAGCCUCAUGCUUCGGCAGAGCCUUGACUAUGAGGUCCGCCAGAAGUAUGGGCUGGUGCUGACAGCCACCGACGGCGGGUCGCCGCCGCUCUCCUCCAACAUGACGCUGCUCGUCGAGGUGCAGGACGUGAACGACAACGCGCCGACGUUCGAGAGGCCCCAGUACAAGGUCAACGUGCUCGAGUCGCUCUCCGCCAACUCGCAGUUCCUCCAGGUCAGUGCGACGGACAAGGACACUGGCAACAAUGCUCGCCUGACCUUCAAGCUCCUGGAAGGCCCAGGCCAGCAGCAGGCCUCGAAGUUCGGCAUCUUCCCCAACAACGGCUUCCUCUACCUCAAGGAGCAACUGGACCGAGAGACCGCCGACCACCACACCCUAGCUGUCGAGGUCGUUGACAACGGGAGCCCCGCUCUUUCGUCGACCGCCACAGUCCAGGUCAGGGUCCUGGAUGCCAAUGACAACGACCCCAUGUUCGAGAAGCCCGUCUUCGAGUUCUUCGUGCCCGAGGAUGCCGAGAAAGGGCGCCGCGUAGGCACCGUCUCGGCGCACGACAAGGAUGCCGGGAGCAACGCCGCGCUGCGCUACUCACUGGUGAACGCCAACGGGAGCUUCCAGAUCAACCCAGUCACCGGCGAGAUCUUCACCAAGGUGUUGCUGGACCGGGAGAGUAAGUCAAGCUACGAGGUGACGGCCGAGGUGCACGACCAGGGCACGCCUCCGCGCUUCCACCGGGCCAUCGUGAAGGUGGUCGUGGCCGACGUCAACGACAACGCCCCGGUCUUCGUGGAGCCGGCUGAGACACUUGUCGGCGUCCGGGAGGAGCAGCCCGUGGGCACUGAGCUCGCCCAGGUCCAGGCCGUGGAUGCUGACGAGGGCAAGAAUGCCGACGUCUUCUACGAGAUUGUGCAAGGCGGACAGCGUGCCGACGGCUCGCCGGCUUUCGCAAUCCACCGCACCUCUGGGGUGGUGACCACGCGCACAGUCCUGGACCACGAGCAGCAGGACUACUACUCGCUGGUGGUGGUCGCUCGGGACGGCGGUGCGCCCCCGAUGGAGGCACGGCUGAGCCUCAAGGUGCACGUGCUGGACCUGAACGACAACCAGCCCACCUUCUUCACGUCCUCGCUGAGCUUCCAGGUGCGAGAGGGCGUCCCUGUUGGGAGCCAGGUGGGUGUGGUGAACGCCGUCGACCAGGACGCCGGCGAGAACGGCCACAUCACCUAUGCCAUCGUCGGGGGAAACCUCUACGACGUGUUCGACAUCGGCAAGGUGUCGGGCGUGCUGUACACCACGCGGGCGGUGGACUUUGAGAUGGCGUCGGAGUACACGCUCCAGGUGACGGCCGCCGACGGCAGCGCCCUCAACCCCCGAAGCAGCAUCAUCAACGUCAGGGUCAAGGUGGAGGACGUCAACGACUGCGCCCCGACCUUCGAAGACGACCCUGUCAUGUUCUCGGUGUCGGAAAGCGCUCCGGAGGGCUCCGUGGUGUGGACCUUCACAGCCAAGGACCUGGACAGCGGAGCCAACGGAGAGGUCCAGUACAGCAUAGUGGAACAGUCCCCAUCCCCGGCAUUCCAGCUGGACUCUGGCACCGGAGCCCUCACGCUGCAGAGCCAGUUAGACUACGAAGUCCAGCCAGAGUACACCCUCGUGGUCAAGGCCACGGACCAGGCCAAGGACUCCGAAAAGCGUCUCUUCACCCUAGUCACCUGCAAGGUCAUUGUCGAGGAUGAGAACAACAACAUACCCAUCUUCAAGUCCAAAGGUCAAGUUGAUGUCAUGGAAGAUGAACCAGUCGGUUUCACGGUCCUACACAUCAUCGCCACCGACAACGACUCUCGCGACAACAAACGCGUCUCGUACGUCAUCAACAGUGGGAAUGAAAAGGGACAUUUUGCUCUUGACAUCAACACAGGUGUGCUGACGGUGGCCAAGCCCCUUGACCGCGAGGACGUGCACCACUUUGUGCUCAACGUGAGCGUCAGCGACCACGGCCGCGUCCCGCUGUCCACCUUCCAGGUGCUGCACGUGUACGUGCAGGACGUCAACGACAGUCCCCCACGUUUCCUCAGGGAACGCUACCUCUCCAACGUCUCCGAGUCCGCGCCCGUCGGCACCUCCGUCCUCACCGUUCACGCCACCGACAAAGACCUGGGCGCUUCAACCAACCUGAGCUACAGCAUCCCGCAAGGCGUGGCCGGCAACAAGUUCACGGUGAACGCGCGGACGGGCGUCGUGGAGACGGCGGGACCUCUUGACCGCGAGGACACUGCCACGUACGAGUUUGCCGUGUACGUGACGGACGGGUCGUUCCACUUCGACACGUGCGUGGUGGUUGUGAGCGUGCUGGAUGUCAAUGACCACUCGCCCAAGUUCAGGGACUCCUGCCACCCGCUCUACGUCCCCGAGAACAACGAGCUCAAGGUGAUCCAUACGCUCGUUGCCUCUGACGAGGACGUCGGCCCCAAUGCGGACAUCGUCUACUCCAUCACUGACGGCAACGCGGGCAACAAGUUUGGCGUGGACUCCCGCACGGGACGCCUGUCGAGCCGGCCGCUGGACCGGGAGAUGCAGUCGCAGUUCCACCUGACGGUCCUGGCACGGGACCGGGGUAGCCCGCCCCGGUCCGGCACCUGCAACAUGACAGUGCACGUGCUUGACCAGAACGACAACGACCCCCAGUUCGAGCACUCCGAGUACAGCGCCACAGUGCCCGAGGACGCACCGGUCAACACCACCGUGCUCGUGGUCAAGGCCACAGACCACGAUGAAGGCUCCAACGGCCACGUGACCUACUCGCUCGGCAACGAGACGGCCUCCCUGUUCAACAUCGACAGCGAUACCGGAGUCAUCACCACCGCCGGGGUGUUCGAUCGGGAGAAGAAGGCGCGUUACAUGUUCGAGGUCCGCGCGUCGGACAGCGGCAAGUACGACGCCCGCUGGGAGCGCUCCGUGGUGCACGUGACCGUGGUGGACGUCAACGACAACCGGCCCACCUUCGCCAAGUACCCGUACGUGGCCAAGGUCAACGCGCACGCCCACUCCGGCACCCAGGUGGCCUACGUGCAGGCGGCGGACGCAGACGACGGACCCAACGCCGACAUUUUCUACAGCUUCGCCAACCCGGCCAUGUCGCACAAGUUCCACCUGGAUCCGGACACUGGGCUGGUCACGGUUGCCGGAAGCCUGCUCUCCGACAAUGGACGCGUGAUUCACGUGGACAUUGUGGCCAAGGACCGUGGAAGGCCGCCCAAGAUGUCCACAGGGGUGCUGGAGGUCCAAGUGGGCCCGGGCGCCGCGGCAGUGCCCUGGCUACGCUUCCAGAACGAGACGUACCGGGUGCGGCUCUCGGAGGUUUCCCCGAGGGGCGCCGAGGUGUUGCGGGUGCAGGCUUUCCCCCAGGAGCAGCCCUCGCUGCCCAUCACCUACGGCUUCAGCUCAGAGAGCGACGGCGGGCCCUUCAGCAUCCACCCCACCAGCGGUGAGCAUGCCCCGUCCGAGUGUCCCCCUAAAGCCGCAACGCGGCGUAGAACGUAUAGGUCCGGUCACUGCGUUUCGCAUAGGGCCAUUGUUUCUAUACCUAGGACAAGCUUACAACCAUUAUCUGUUUGCGGUGAACAUACGACGCACGGGUUUACGUUGUUGGCUCGUCAGUCCGCAACGUCGGGCAAGGAUGUCGGCCAACGUUGUGUCGUUCCUUGCGCAGGCACCAUACGCAUCAGGGAUCCGAAGCAACUGGACUACGAGGAGAACGCGAGCUUGGUGAUCGUGGUCAUUGCCAAGGCGGAAGGCAGAGCCACCAUGUAUGGCUACGCCACCGUGACGGUGGACCUGAUCGACGAGAACGACAACGCUCCACGCUUCUCUCAGGAGCGCUAUGUGUCGUCCGUUUGGGAAGGCAACAGCAAGGGCACCUUCGUGGCCCAGGUCUCUGCCCUGGACGAGGACAGGGGUGGGCGCCUCCUCUACCACAUUGUGGAGGGGAACCACGACAACGCCUUUGUCAUGGAGCCGCCACUAAGCGGCAUCGUCAAGACCAACAUUGUGCUGGACCGAGAGAUCCGCGACUCCUACCUCCUCACCGUCAUCGCCACGGACGAGGGGGAGCCCCAGCUCACCGGAACGUGCACGCUGCGCAUCGCUGUGGUCGACAUCAACGACAACCAGCCCGUGUUCCCGCCCGACAGCGUCGUCAGCAUCAGCGAAGGUGCCGAGGUGGGCUCCGUGCUGACAACCAUCACGGCCAACGAUGUCGACACCCACCCCGUGCUUACGUACACAUUUGCCGAUGUCGGCGGCGGCUCGGCGUCGCUGUUUGCCGUGGACCGCUUCUCGGGACGCAUCACGCUGGCGGGCGGUCCGCUGGACUUUGAGCGGCAGUCCCUGUACCAGCUGCGGCUGCGCGUUUCGGACACGGCGCACAUGGCAGAGACUCUUGUGACGGUGCACGUGACGGACGUGAACGACAACUCACCCCGGUUCACGCAGCCCUCCUACCACGCAAUCUUGCCCGAAUCAGCGGGGCUCGGAUCUUCCAUCAUCACUGUGAACGCUACGGAUCUGGACUCGGGAAACAACGCCCAGAUUUGGUACAGCCUCGGAGAAAGCUACUCCAUCGGUUUCUACAUCAACGAGAACACCGGCACAAUAUACACCAACAAGAGCCUGUCGUACGACCCCAAAAAACCCGUCGUCCAGCUGACCGUUCGCGCAACGGACAGAGGCGUUCCUUCUCGGUCGACCGUAGCCGCUGUCAGGAUUCAGAUUGCGGAUGUCAACAACAACGCUCCCAGGUUUCUGGAAAGCGCCUACAGGGCAAGCAUCAGGGAAGACACUCCUCCGGGUACAACCGUCAUCAGGGUUUCGGCCACCGACCUUGACAUAUCUCGCGACAACCACAACAUCAACUACCGCAUCAUGGAUGGCAACGCCGGGGGAACGUUCGUCGUGAGCGGAUCUUUGGGUGAAGUAAUUCUUGCAAAGCCCCUCGAUCGCGAAAUGGUCAUGAUGUACUCCCUCAAGGUGGUGGCUAUAGACCGAGGAACGCCGUCGAUGAACGCAACAGCGCAAGUGAUCAUCAGCAUUGACGACGUGAACGACUACGCCCCCACGUUUAACCAGACCUACUACGAGGUCUUCAUUUCUGAGAUGGCUACGCCCGGAGCCGUUGUGAUCCAGGUCUCGGCUACAGACAAAGACGAGGGCCGACACGCCCAGGUGAAGUACGACAUCACUUCCGGGAACGAGGACAACAAGUUUUCCCUUGAUCCCAAGACUGGCACCAUCACCGUGAGAGGCAAGCUCGACUAUGACACCGUGCCCGAGUUCAAACUGGUUGUUCGGGCGAUGGACAGUGAUUUGGAGAGCCCAUUGUCCUCCCUGGUCAGCGUCUUCAUCAGGAUCAAGGAUGAAAAUGACAACAGCCCACACUUCCCUCUGGCGAUGUACACGGAGUUCGUCGAGGAGAGCUCGCCCAUCGGUACCACGGUCUUCACGGCGAGGGCCAUGGACGCGGACAGAGGUCUAUAUGGAAAGCUGAACUACACGAUGGCGGAGGGUGAAGGCAGGGACAAGUUCAGGAUAGACCGCGACACAGGUGUCAUCACGACCGAAGUCGUCUUCGACUACGAGUCCAAAAACCGCUACUACUUCACGAUACUUGCCACAGACGCCGGCGGAAAGUAUGCGACCGUCCAAGUGCAGGUCGACGUCGCGAGUAAGGACGAGUACCCUCCGGUCUUCCGGCAGAAGAUGUACCGUUUCGCCGUGCCCGGUGACGCACCGGCGGGCCACAUCGUGGGGCGCGUUCAAGCCACGGACGUGGACCAAGGUCCUGACGGGAAGAUAGUAUACCAGAUCCGUGGUGGCAGCGCCCACUUCCGGAUCAACGGUACCUCCGGUGUGGUGACGGUCAAGGUCCCACCGACGCGGCACGACGAGCACGAGCGGCCGUUCGAAGCCAACCUCGAAGUCGUCGCGGGAACCGGCCGUCCCGGUUCACUCACAACGACAGUCCUGGUUCAGAUAUCGGUCGACUUCACCCUGAACGCGAGCAGCGUGGCUGAACGGCAGGCCACGGGAAGCCUACCGGCGUGGGGCGUCGGACUCGUGGUGGUGCUCGCUAUCGUGGCGGCGGUCCUGCUGACGCUGAUCGUGCUUCUCCGGCUCCGCCACAAGCGCGUGGGAAAGCCGGCAGUGGACACCGGCUUCGACACGUCGUUCGACACGGUGGACAUCCGGCAUGCCCCGGGGCGUUCGGGUAUCCCGCAGUUCCCGCCACACUACAACGAAAUCUCGCACUACGACACCCCGGACGACACGCCGCACAUGAACGGCGGCGGCACGACGUCCGAGGUCUCCGAGCAGUCGCACUCGGCGUCCAGUGGCCGCGGGUCCGCCGAGGACGGCGAAGACGUCGAGGAUGAAGAGAUCCGCAUGAUCAACGAGGGCCCCCUGAUGCACAAACGGCUCGCGGAAGGUGGCGGCGAUGAUGACAACGGCUCAGACAUCUCGGUGCACAACACGCAGGAGUACCUUGCGCGUCUCGGCAUCAACACGGCGGCGUCGUCGGACUCGUGGACGUCGCGCAAACCCAGCGUCGAGAACGUCCACAUCUACGACGACGAGGAGGAGGAGCCUGUGGACGACGGCGACGACAUCUCGAGCCUGAUCUACUCCAAGCUCAACGAUGUCGGCUCGCCGGCGGACGGCUGCGUGCCGGAGCAGGCGCGGACGUUCGGUUUUGACGACACUGAGCCUUCGAUGACGGGCUCGCUCAGCUCCAUUGUGCACAGCGAGGAGGAGCUCACCGGCUCGUACAACUGGGACUACCUGCUGGACUGGGGACCCCAGUAUCAGCCGCUGGCGCACGUGUUUGCCGAGAUCGCGCGGCUAAAGGACGACGGCAACGGAAACGGGGGGCCAUCCGCGUCGGCGGCCGCCAAGGCCGUGGCGCGAGCGCGCAAGAUGCUUCCGCCGCCGCUCCUCACGAGUGUCGUGGCCCCCUGCAGCAUCGCACCCGUAGCCCUCAACACGGGGCUCGCUAGUCAGCCAGUGCUCCUGCCCAGGUCACCGGUCGGGGUCGAGGGCUAUGCGGCCGCCAUGUCCCCGAGCUUCUCGCCGUCGCUCUCGCCGCUCGCCACCAAGUCGCCGUCCGUGUCGCCGCUUAUGCCACUAUACUCGGCCGGCCCCAUCCAGGCCGCGUCGGUGGCCACCGCGCGGUCCUCACAACGUUCCUCCAGUCACAAUACGGGUUCGCCGUGCUCGGAAAACGAACUGUGCAUCUAAUUUAUUGCUUCCCGUCAAACAGUUCUCAAUUUAUGUUCUUUUUUUUUUGCGGUCGGUGCCGUGUGGAUGUUUGCGCGAUCGCUUGCUGGUCGAGGUGCGCAGUGAAGGCACCUGCUUGUUGACCCGUGAGGACUGUUCACUGUUCACAAAUGUUUUGUUAAGGAUCGAAGAUUCUGGCAUUAAAUGCCUUAGCCAUGCGUGUGUAUCGUGCUUUGACAGAGAUGUCUUGCGUGUUAGCUGCUAUUUCUAAAAUGAGUUUUUUUUUUUUUGCUGUUAUUUUUCGUAGUGUUUUUGAGCUCAUUUCUUGAACUGUUUCUUAAUCAGUACUGUAGACUCCCGCGAAGCAAACUCGACAGUGCAAACUAAAUCUGUAGUGUUUCAUUCACUGUGCCUUAUAGCACCUCCGUAAAACCAAAUAUGUGUACCGAAAUUAUUUAAUUUACGAGGUAGUUUCAUUUGUGGGAGUUUCCUUGCUGGGAGUUUACUGUCACUGUUCCAUGCAUACUGUGAAUGGCAGCCUUUAAAACUGUAAUAUUUCCUUUCCACAUGAUUCCUUGAACAGGCCAAUAUAAACCCAAUGCUUGCUUAGUUCUAAAAAUGUAAUUGUACAAAAAGAGUAAGUGUCUUCCUAAAGUUUCCCACGGAAAAAGAUUACAUGUAUGAACAGUUUGAAUACAUUCCAAAGUAUCAGCUCCUCAUCAAUGAUGUAUUUUGAUACCUAGAUAUAAAAUGAAACCCUUCCAUUUCUUUGUGAGAGUAUUCUAAUCUUAGCGUGUUUGAACUGAUUUUAUGAAUUGACUGUUUUCAUUCCAUCAUGUACGUGGUCAUGGUUAGAGAGAGCCACAUCUGCAAACAUACUUUGUGAGAGCUUAGCAUAUAUCCUUCACUUCUCAGCUCGAUUCCAUUGUGUUUUUCUUACAAUUGUUAUGUAAGAAUCUUCCCCACCGUGUCAAAGAAUUGCAGGUUUUACAAGUGCAGAGGGGCCAAAUUGUUCUCGGAGGUUGUAGGGGCCUGCACGCUUUUUGUAUCGUCAUGAAAUUUUGUGGUAACUUAUUGUAUGAAAGAGGACCGUGGGCCUAAAAGGCAGCUUGCCUUUGUGAUUCACACUUGCAUCAUGUAUUCGGCAGCUUGGGGACCAAACCUAUGUUUUCUCUGUACAUGGUUCUUGUUCUGGUAAUGACACAUGUAGAUACUGUAUGAAUCGCUAAUCGUGUGCCUUUUGUGUCCUCAAGUGCGACAUGCAAAUACCUUUUAGGCUGUUUAUACUGGUGUUCCUUUUUGCUUGACUUGUUUUUUUUUUUUCUUUUUUUAAAGGAAGGCCAUUGAUGUACAUAUGUGAUAUUUUACCGACGUUAGCACCAUGGACAAACACAAUUCAAAGAAAUGGUUCAGGCCCCCUUUCUUAAUACUAAACAUUGUACUUCACGAAGGUGGUUAUAUGUUCCAGUUGUGUACAUAAAUAUGUGCCUGCCACUUACUCACUUUCAUGGGCCACUGUGCUGGCAGAGUGGAAGCAUGUAAAUAUGACUACCUCAUUGACGAACGCCGUCGCAAUGCUGUCUAGGUUUUGUUUUUUAUUUAUAGGGAUUGUGGGGCGUGCACUGAAAGACAAUCGUUGGUACACCUUGUUUUUACCUGUGGCAUUGACGUAAUGAGUGCUGAUGCCGAAGCAGUAAUGAAGUUGGUGUUCAAAACUCAUGGGCGUCCAUGACAUGGCACUUUCACAAAUUGAAUGACUGUGACCAAGAUGACCUGGCUGGCUCUUUUCGGUUUACACAAACUAAGUUGUGCACCUAUUUAUAAAAAUUAAUUAAAUUGAACCAAUUUCGGUUGUUAAGUAGGCUUGAUAUUUUAGGUGGAGAUAUUAAGCCCACCUGACAAUAAAUAUGUUUGUAAAUCAUCUCAAAGUGAAAUCCAUUUGAAUUUCUUGUAGUUUUGAGAUAUACACCUAUCUCACCCUCACUCCUUUAAUUCAGCAUGUAUUUUGAAAAGGCAGGUUAUGCUAUGGUCUUGUUAUCUUGGCAGAAAUGCGUUGUGAUUUUUUUCUGCUUACUGCUACAGCACACUUAUGUCGAAACUUGGAUCCUUCCUUGUUGACUGCAUGCUACAGAUUUCAAUGUCUGUUUGCUUUUAGGCUCGUUUUAAUUAGUCAUAUCACAGUGAUCUGGAUAUCUUCGACCCCACCCACACGUUUGGGAUUAUCGCCUACUCGACUAAUUGGGUUAUACUAAACUAAGAUUGGAGGUGCUCAUUCACAAUCAAAACUGUCCUGUAAAAAAAAAAAAAGAAUCUAGAUUGUUGUUUACUUCUCAUGGCACUCCUUUUUUUUCUAUAAUCUUAAAAUUAAAUUACUGAAUUUCUAGCUUCAAACGACACCCAGUCCACUAAAGUUAUAUAUAUGUCCAAUGUCUCGGCAGUUUCGGAUGUUGCCGUGCCGCCGGCAGUGCCCAGUGUAGAACAGAUGUCAAACGCAUUGUGGUCAAAGUCAUACCCAGUGUUGUGUACUCAGCGCAAAGGUCAGCCGUUAGUGCCAUUGACAGGGUUGGUUACCCGAUGCGACGGGUUGGUCUUUUGUAAAAAGAAACUGUCCACGAACUGUACGCACGUGUUAACGGACGAUUACUUGUGUGAGUUCAUCGCCGUACGCAAUAAAAUGUUAUGCCAAG